AUGGAAAAGGUAAGAGAAACCUGUCUGGACUGGAUUGUUUGCUAUGUCAGUCUGAAGCUGGGGACCAGAUUCUCCUCUCAUUUACAUCAAAGUUAGUCUCUUAUUGUCAAAGGAGUUACUCCUGGCCUAUACCAAUGGCAGUAGAAGAGGAGAAUCAAGAAUGCAGAGCUAGGGAACUUACUGCCUCUAUUUGUCCCUGGAUAUUAGUCUCUCAGAGCCCAAUUCUGCUUUCGCUUACACUUGUGUAAAUGAGGAUCAAUCCCACUGAAGUCACAGGAGUAUAUCAAUUUAUCACCAUAGUCAGUAAAAUGUAAGGCCCGAACACUUCAGGCUUAGUGUGCUGGACGGAGAGAAAUUGGAAUGCCAGGACGCAGUCACACUGUAUAGGAUGUUACUGAAAACUUUGCCAUUUGUUUCUUGCACUAGAUCAUCCUUUUUGAGGAUAGAAACUUCCAGGGCCGCUCUGUUGAGUGCAGCAGCGACCGGCCGGAUUUUCAAAGUCAGCUCAGCCGCUGUAACUCCGUCCGCGUGGAAAGUGGCUGCUUCAUGCUCUAUGAACGUCCCAACUUCCAGGGACAGCAGUUCUUUCUGAAACGAGGGGAUUAUCCUGACAUGCAGUCUGAGGGUUUCAGCACCUCCAUUAAGUCCUGCCGGAUGAUCCCGUCUCACAGGGGCACCUACAGGAUAAAGAUCUAUGAGAAGGAGGAUCACAGAGGCAACAUGGUCGAAUUAACCGAGGACUCUCCACAAGUCAUGGACCAGCUACGCUCCCCCGAGAUGCUCUCUUGUUCUGUGCUGGAGGGGUACUGGAUACUCUACGAAUUGCCGAAUUACAGAGGCCGCCAAUACCUGCUGAGGCCAGGGCAGUACCGGAGAUUCAGCGAGUGGGGUGCUAUGAGUGGCAGAGUCGGCUCUUUGAGACGUGCCACUGAUCUCUACUGA